AUGCUGCCAGCAGUUCUCCACGCCAUGAGUCGUAUCUGUACGGGACAGUUGUGGUCCACAGCGUGCUCUUUCAAGUACAACCACUUGUCGCGCAAGAUCAACCUGCAGCUCCCGACCCCCGAGGUGCGCUUCGAGAACCUGUCGUUCUCGGUGCAGGUGCCGGCCGAGGCCGGUGCAUACGGCACAGUGGGCUCGCAUCUGAGCUCCAUCUUCACGCCGUGGCAGAAGACUCCCAUGACCACUAAGCACGCGUUGCACCCGAUGAGCGGUAUCAUCAAACCAGGCUCCAUGACGUUGAUCCUGGCCAACCCGGGCGCCGGUAAGUCGACGUUUCUGAAGGCACUGGCCGGCAAGCUGCAAGACAACAAGCAGACGGAGAUCGGGGGAGAGAUUCUCUACUCCGGUCUAAAGGGUGCAGACAUCGACCUCAUCAAGCUGGUGGGUCUGGUUGACCAGACGGACAACCACAUCCCGACGUUAACUGUCCGCGAGACGUUCAAAUUCGCCGAUAUGUGCGUGAAUGGACGUCCAGAAGACCAGCCGGAGGAGAUGCGCGACAUCGCGGCGCUGCGUACGGAGCUGUUCCUGCAGAUACUGGGUCUGGAGAACUGCGCCGACACUGUGGUGGGUAAUGCACUGCUGCGUGGUGUGAGUGGUGGUGAGCGUAAGCGUGUGACGGUGGGCGAGGUGCUGGUCGGUGGCCAGAGUCUGUUUCUGUGUGACGAGAUCUCGACGGGUCUGGACAGUGCCGCGACGUUCGACAUCAUCAAGGCACUUCGCACGUGGUGCAAGACACUGGGUGGAUCGGUCAUCGUGGCGCUACUGCAGCCGACGCCUGAGGUGGUGGAGCAGUUCGACGACAUUUUGAUGGUCAAUGAAGGUCACAUGGUGUACCACGGACCGAGGACGGAGAUUUUGGACUACUUCGACGAGCGCGGCUUCAGCUGCCCACCGCGUGUGGAUCCGGCCGACUUCUUGAUCGAGGUGACGUCGGGUCGCGGUCAUCGAUACUCAAACGGCAAGGUGGAGAAGAAGGACCUGGCGGUGACGUCCGAGGACUUCAACAACCUGUUCUGCCAGUCGAUUAUCUACAAGAAGACGCACGAGGCGAUCAGUAAAGGCUUCAACGAGCACCAGUUUGAGAACCCGGAGGAUUUCCAGAAAGCCAAGAGCGUGGCCAACUUGGCGCGCUCGAAGCAGAAGUCGGAGUUUGGUCUGGCCUUCGUGCCCAGUACUCUACUCCUGCUGAACCGUCAGAAGUUGAUCUGGUUGCGAGACCCGCCGUUGUUGUGGGGUAAGCUGUUCGAGGCCCUGAUCGUGGGUCUCGUGCUUGGUAUGAUCUACUUCAACGUGAACUCGACGUACUAUCUGCGCAUGAUCUUCUUCAGUAUCGCGUUGUUCCAGCGUCAGGCGUGGCAGCAGAUCACCAUCUCGUUCCAACUGCGCGGCGUCUUCUACAAGCAGCGCCCACGCAACUUCUUCCGCACGAUGUCGUACGCUAUCGCAGAGACGGUAGUGCAGAUUCCAGUGAACCUGUCGGUGUCGUUCAUCUUGGGCACGUUCUUCUACUUCAUGAGUGGAUUGACACGGACGUUCGAGAAGUACAUCGUCUUCUUCCUGGUGCUCGUGUGCUUCCAACAUGCCAUCGGCGCGUACAUGACGAUGUUGAGCUCUCUGUCGCCGAGUAUCACAGUGGGUCAGGCGCUGGCGGGUAUCUCCGUGAGCUUCUUCUUGCUGUUCUCCGGUAACAUUAUCCUGGCCGACCUCAUCCCGAACUACUGGAUCUGGAUGUACUGGUUCAACCCGCUGGCGUGGGCGCUGCGCAGCAACAUGCUGUCCGAGUUCUCUAGCGACCGGUACACACCUGCCCAGAGUGCCAAGUUCCUAGACAGCUUCUCGAUCUCGGAAGGCACGGAGUACAUCUGGUUCGGCAUUGGCAUUCUUCUGGCCUACUACCUGUUCUUCACGACGUUAAACGGGUUGGCACUGCACUUCAUCCGCUACGAGAAGUACAAGGGUGUCAGCGUGAAGGCGAUGACGGAUAAUGCUUCCGAGGAAGACAACGUGUACGUAGAAGUGCGGACGCCAGGCGCUGGAGACGUCGUGCAGACGAAGGCCCGCGGCGCCGGUCUGCCGUUCACGCCAUCGAACCUGUGCAUUAAGGACUUGGAGUACUUCGUAACGCUGCCUUCGGGUGAGGAGAAGCAGCUCCUGCGCGGCAUCACGGCGCACUUCGAGCCUGGUCGCAUGGUCGCUCUUAUGGGUGCAACGGGUGCUGGCAAGACGACGCUGAUGGACGUGAUUGCCGGACGUAAGACUGGUGGCCGCAUUGUUGGUGACAUUAUCGUGAACGGUGAGCUGAAGAACCCGGCCAACUUCAGCCGUAUCACGGCGUACUGCGAGCAGAUGGACAUUCACUCGGAGGCGGCGACGAUCUACGAAGCGCUGGUAUUCUCUGCCAAUCUUCGACUGCCGCCGACGUUCACGGAGGAGGAGCGUAUGAACCUAGUUAACGAGACGCUUGAGUUGCUGGAGCUGUCGGCCAUCGCUGGCGAGAUGGUUGGCCGGUUGUCGGUGGAGCAGAAGAAGCGCGUGACGAUCGGUGUGGAGGUGGUGGCGAACCCCAGUAUCCUGUUCCUGGACGAGCCCACAAGUGGUCUGGACGCUCGCUCGGCUCUGAUUGUGAUGCGCGGUGUGCAGUCGAUCGCACGUACGGGCCGUACGGUGCUGUGCACAAUCCACCAGCCUAGCAUUUCCAUCUUUGAGCUGUUCGAUGGCCUGUUGCUUCUCCAGAAGGGCGGCUACACGGCGUACUUCGGUGACCUUGGUGUGGACUCAGUGAAGAUGCUCGAGUACUUCGAGUCGAUCCCCGGUACCCAGGAGAUCCGUCCGCAGUACAACCCGGCCACGUACAUGCUUGAGGUUAUCGGCGCUGGUAUCGGCCGUGACGUCAAAGACUACUCGGUGGAGUACAAGAACAGCGAGUUGUGUGCCAAGAACCGCGAGCGUACGUUGCAGUUGGCCGAAGUCUCGGAAGAUUUCGUGCGUCACUCGACACUCAACUACACGCCGAUCGCGACGGGCUUCUGGAACCAACUCGGCCACCUGACAAAGAAGCAGCAACUCACGUACUGGCGAAACCCGCAGUACAACUUCAUGCGCAUGUUCCUGUUCCCGUUGUUCGCUAUUAUCUUCGGCACGACGUUCUACCAGUUGUCGGCGGGUAGUGUCAAGAAGAUCAACUCGCACAUCGGUCUCAUCUACAACAGUAUGGACUUCAUCGGUGUCAUCAAUUUGAUGACGGUGCUGGAAGUGACGUGCGCUGAGCGUGCUGUGUUCUACCGCGAGCGCAUGUCGAACUACUACGGUCCGCUGCCCUACAGUCUGUCGCUGUGGUUCGCUGAAGUGCCCUACCUGAUCAUCGUGAUCGUGCUGUUCGUGACGAUCGAGUACUGGCUGGUUGGCUGGAGUGACAACGGAGGCGACUUCAUCUUCUUCAUGUUCGUCUUCUACCUCUACACGUCGGCGUGCACGUACGUGGGUCAGUGGAUGUCGGCUUUGAUGCCGAACGAGAAGGUGGCGAACGUGGCUGUCGGUGCGCUGUCGUGUUUGUUCAACCUGUUCUCGGGCUACUUGCUGCCGCGUCCGUCGAUGAAGGCUGGCUACAAAUGGUUCACGUACUUGAUGCCGUCGAGCUACUCGCUGUCGGCGCUUGUUGGUGUGCAGUUCGGCGACAACCAGGACAUCAUCACCGUGACUGCGGGCAACACGUCGACGGACAUGACGGUGUCUGCCUACAUCGAGGAAACGUAUGACUUCCGUCCCGAACGCAAGUACAACUUCAUGGCGGGACUGCUGGUGAUCUGGGCUGUGCUGCAGGUGGCAAUCUACCUCACGUUCAAGUACGUGAGCCACCUCAAGAGAUAAACAGGCGAUGGUCGGAUGGGUGCGGAUACAUGUAGCUUGGAUUUGCUAGUGUGUUUGGUGUAUCAUUCCGAUGGCCCGAGAGUAGUUACAGUUGCAUUAGCUCUUACACCACUGCGUUGAAUAGUGAGCGUUUGUUUGUUCUCGAACCUUCUUGGUAAAUAUAUUUUCUUUGGCACUGGUA